CUUCCAAGUUCCUGCGUAAACAGGUACGAUAAUAGUGUUAUAUAAAUAUAUAUUAUAUAUAGGGAGAGAGGAGACAGGACAAGGAGCUCGUGUUCUGAAGGAGUUACAAUGGAAGACAAGACAGAAGCAUUGUUGAAAACAACAACAUACAACAGCAGCAGCAGCAGCGAAGACGAAGAAAAUGAACACAGCCACUACUAUGAGAAUUGCCCAGGUUGUAAGAUUAAUAAAGAGAAGGCUUCAAAUCCUCGUAUUCCUCUCAAACAUCUAUUCUUCCUCUGGGUUGUUACUCUAUGUGCAGCAUUACCGAUUUCAUCCCUCUUUCCUUUCCUCUAUUUUAUGAUCAGGGACUUGCAUAUUGCAGAAAGGGAGGAGGACAUAGGCUACUAUGCUGGAUUUGUAGGUUCCUCAUUUAUGGUUGGAAGAGCUCUGACAUCUGUUCUUUGGGGAAUGUUAGCUGAUCGCUAUGGUCGAAAACCUGUAAUAAUAUUUGGCGCAGUUUCAGUGGUUAUCUUUAACACUAUCUUUGGCCUUAGUACAAGCUACUGGAUGGCACUUUCUAUGAGGUUUCUCGUAGGAAGUUUGUGCGGGAUACUUGGCCCAAUGAGGGCAUAUGCUUCAGAAGUUUGUCGUAAAGAACAUCAAGCUUUGGGAAUGUCAGUUAUUAGCACAUCGUGGGGUGUAGGGCUGGUCAUAGGACCAGCUAUUGGAGGUUAUUUUGCACAGCCAGCAGAAAAGUAUCCCAAUAUAUUUUCUGAAAAAUCUCUCUUUGGGAGGUUUCCCUACUUGCUACCUUGCCUUUUAAUAUCACUCUAUGCGUUGUUUGUAUCCAUCAUCUCGUUCUGGCUACCGGAAACACUGCACAGUCAUCAUGAAAAUAAAAAAGAACAAGGUGGUGAAGCUGAUGCCUUGGAGGGUGUAAUAUGUGAGUCUGUUGUUGAUGAAGUAACUCAUUCCAAAGAGAUGCUUCCAAGUGCCAAACAAAGCCUUUUAAGAAACUGGCCCCUGAUGUCUGCUAUACUUGUGUACUGUGUUUUCCAGCUCCAUGAUAUGGCCUACAGUGAGAUAUUCUCAUUGUGGGCUAACAGCCCGAGGGCGAAUGGAGGACUGAGCUAUACGUCCGCAGAUGUUGGGGAAGUUCUUGCAAUUUCAGGACUUGGUCUAUUAUUCUUUCAGCUAUUUCUUUACCCUGUCGUAGAGAGGAGUUUUGGGCCCAUAAUGAUAUCUCGUAUCGGAGCUGCUGUUACCAUACCUCUGCUAUCAAGUUACCCAUUUAUAGCUAUGUUGUCUGGGAUCUCCCUUCUCAUGGUUCUCAAUUGUGCAUCUGUGGUCAAGAAUGUCUUGUCUGUAUCAAUAUCUACAGGAUUGUUCCUUUUACAGAACAGGGCCGUGUCCAGUGAACAACGAGGAGCUGCGAAUGGGAUUUCCAUGUCAGCCAUGUCCUUCUUCAAAGCACUUGGUCCAGCUGGUGGAGGGGCAAUCUUCUCUUGGGCACAAAAGCGGCAGAAUGCUAGUCUACUUCCAGGUGUUCAAAUGGUUUUCUUCAUCCUAAAUGUGGUUGAAUUCAUUGGACUGCUUAUGACCUUUAAGCCGUUUCUUGUGCUGCCUAGCACUGAUUAUUCAUAGUGCACUCCCUGCCAGCUCAUAGCAUUCAACAUGAGGAAGCUGCCUUGUUCAUAACUCGAGUUUUUGUAUUUCGAGUGAAUCACUCAGCAGUGAGCACAAAGAACUGCGUCCUGCGAAAGCUGUACAUUUUAAGAAUUGUUCACGGGGUCAGAUUAAUGUAGAAAUAUGUUGUAAUCAUAAAAUAAACCGUCUUUAGAACGUGAUUAUAGCUAUUAGUUUGGUGAUAUAUAAGAAAGUAUACUGUCCAGUGUCCAUAUUAACAAUGGCAUUAGCUCCCCUUGUAACAUGUACAGACAUAUAUGUAGUUAACUCCUUAUUUUUUAUUUUUCUUAAAAUCAGAAUUAUGAAUAUUACACAAAUUAAAGUCUGA